ACCAGGACCAGGCCUGGAAGUCGACCUGGCCCUGAGUCCCUGACCCUUCCCUGCCCUUCCUGCCCUGCCCUGCCCUGGACCCCUUUCGACCUGACCAGGCAAGGCAGGCUGGGCUGGCUGGGCUGCACCCGUUCCUUUCCCUCGAUCCGGGUUCUACUUCCUAUCUACUCGAUCUUCCGCACUCCUCAACCUUCCGUUCUCACCUCUCACAAUUUCUGGAAAAGGACCUCUCUGGAAACACAACAACUGACUUGUCAGCGGGGCCCUCGAGCCUCUGUCGUCUGCCCGAGGAUUUUUGCGUACUGAUCCGCAGAAACUCAAAUUUGGGUUUUCCAAGGGCCUGGACUCGUCGACGACUCGCUCCGUGACUCCGCCUUACUCAUCAUCCUCGACUCGACCGCAGCAUGCGAUUUGACCUACCGGCUUCUGCAUGCUGUCACUCUUGUAGAUCGCACUCAAUGUUUCCAGAUUUCGCAAGCAACCGGCCGAGGAGAAGAACACCAAAUCUGCAGCAUCUUGCUUGCAGUCGUCACACCCAAAAUCACCAAGGGUCCUGCCCGUCAUCCCGGUAUACACGGACCAGAGCAGGAGGUCCCACGUCAUAGCAUCAGCGUUCCCACAACAACACCACCCGACCCCGAGUCCUGGUGAAUGCCCUUGUCAAGACCAUCCUGACAAGGCCUUUGUUGCAGACCUGCACUCAACAACAAACCCCGUCAUUCUCCUAUCUAAUGUCAAUAUUCGGACCACCCGUUCUCGCCAGAAUCAUACCAAGAAUUGGUCUACAGCCGAAGCGCAUACCGCCCCCCCGCUCGUCCCUCUGCGGAGGUUGACGGGCGUGGCAAGCCUCGACAGCCUCGCCCUCGAGACGAGUGCCAUCGCAAGAUGUCGCUGUACUCGCAACCUCCCGAGCUGCUCUCCUGGCACGAUGUGAAGCCGACAGUGCUGGUGUGUUGGUGGGCCACCCUCUUCGCCACGAUUAUUAUCCUGCUGCGCGUCGCCGGCCGCUUCAUCCGCUCCGAAAUGCUCUUCGCCGAGGACAAGAUGGCCUUCUACGCCCUGCUGCCCAUGUAUGCGCGCAUGGGAUGUGUGCACGUCAUACUCGCCUACGGAACCAACAACAACGACUUUUCCAACGUCACCCUCUCUCCCGACGACAUCCGGCGCAGGACCAUCGGGAGCGGCCUGGUCCUUGCGAGCCGCAUCUUUUAUAGCGCGACGCUUUGGGUUCUCAAAAAUACCAUCUUGGAGUUUUUUAAGCGCCUUACCGGUCUCACUUGGUCCCGCUCCUACACGUAUGGUGUCCGCGCCAUUCGUUGCAUGCUCGGGCUCACUUUUAUCGCCAUCGUCAUUAGCGACUUGGCCGAAUGCCGACCUGUCAACCACUACUGGCAGGUAUUGCCCGACCCGGGGCCACGCUGCCGCCAGGGAUACGCAAAUCUACUUACUACCGGGGUGUGCAACAUCCUCACUGACCUGCUGCUGGUGCUGUUCCCGGUGCCAAUCAUCAUUAACAGCUCCAUGAGCGUGAAGCGCAAGGUCCAGCUUGUUCUGCUCUUCAGUCUUAGUUUGAUCGUCGUUGCGGUAACGUUCUUUCGCGUCACGCAUGUCAUCGGGGCGCACGGCAGUCAACAGAUGCGCUCGCUCUUGGCAUCUGUGGAGCUGCUCGUCGCGACUGGGGUGGCCAACGCUCUGGUCCUGGGGUCAUUCGUGAGGGACAGGGGCGUCAAGAAGCGCAAGUUCAGAUACGACUCCGUAGGUGGUGAGUCCUAUCACGGCACGGACAGCGCGAACAGGUCUAGGAGACCGGCGAUUGCGGGUCAAGCCUGGGGCAGUGAUGUCGACCUUGUCAGAGAUAUCGGAUUUGGUGUGCGAAACGAGCUGAGAGGUCUGGACGCCGAUCCUGAGGCAGGAAAGCCGACGCCCGCAGGACCCGUGGCCCCGCACAAGGACUUCAACCUGCAGAACUGGAAUUUCCCCGAGAGGUCGUCGGACGCGAGACGGGGCAGUCACUUACUGCCAUCGGACCAGUUAUCCGAUGCGCCGAGCAGCAGCGGGCCGAGGCGUGUCUCGUUCUUCGACGUCGGCGGACUACUAGACGAUGACAACCUGUCCAGCCCUAGCACGGCCCGGAGGCAGAGCACAAUCUCUAGUCGAGAUCCUCUCUCGCCGUAUAAGCCACAGUCUCCUCCGGCCACCGCGUUGUCUGCGAGCGCGAGUGGGUUCCGCAGGGGCUCGCAGGCCCUGCUGCAGGAUAUCGGGGGGCUCUUGCCUUUCAAGUCCGGCAAGGGACAGGAUGCGGACACCCGGGGUAAAGAGAGGGACGAGUCCAUAUCCUCGGGCACUGAGCUCCAAGACCUGUCGCCCGCAAUCUCUCCCCGCACGACGAUGCGCCCGGUGGACCCGCCGCCGUACGAAAACGAUAGCAAGCCCGGUGAUUCGAAUCAUCUGAACGAUGUCGGUGGGCUUCUGAAAUAAUAUCACGAGGUGGAAGCGCCCAUUCCUCCCGACCAGCCCCAACAGAUUACGCACUCGCCACACGCACAUCUGAAAUUGACCUCAGCCCUCCACUAACACCGAGAGACACGACACGAUACGAUACGAUGCCAAUCUUGUUGCAUCAGUGUGAAUUGCGCCACAUAUAUACAGCACCGGAAUUUUAGACGAUAUAUCCACGCGCCGCAUGUCACUCUACCGCAGCUUCGCAGUAUUCCCGCCAGCACCAGGGAAUUAUCCCAAGCAGACCGAUCCAGCACAGGAACUCGAUGCAAACGAGAGAACCACAGAGCCAGAUCACGGUCUUCGCUAAAGGGCCUCCGGGACGCAGGCAGUAGAGCAAUCAGAUAUUGUAACUUUUUUUUUGCCCCCGUUCAUUGUUUGAUUUUAUUAUACCCAGGCCACACAGACCCGUGUGCGCCAUGCAUUGGCUAGGUAAAUGACUGGGAAGAUUGGAUACCCCGGCUUGGAUUACAACAGGAGGAUGGAUGGGUGGUGUGUGUACGCUGAUUUUCGGCCUGGAGCUGGGGCGUUUCUUGUCCUCUUCUCUCUCUCUUGCUGGCUUUUGUUUUAUCUACCUGUCCUGUCCGGUGAUGAUACAACGCGACACGAUACCUAUUUGUUUAGAUGGCGGAUUGCAAAAUACAGAUACCGAAC